AUGAGCCGGCAGGUGGUUCGUUCCAGCAAGUUCCGCCAUGUGUUUGGACAGCCGGCCAAGGCUGACCAGUGCUAUGAGGAUGUGCGCGUCUCACAGACAACCUGGGACAGUGGCUUCUGCGCCGUCAACCCCAAGUUCGUGGCCCUGAUCUGUGAGGCCAGUGGGGGAGGGGCUUUCCUGGUGCUGCCCCUGGGCAAGACUGGACGUGUGGACAAGAAUGUGCCCAUGGUCUGUGGCCACACAGCCCCUGUGUUGGACAUCGCCUGGUGCCCGCACAAUGACAACGUCAUUGCCAGUGGCUCCGAGGACUGUACAGUCAUGGUGUGGGAGAUCCCAGAUGGUGGCCUGGUGCUGCCCCUACGGGAGCCUGUUGUCACCCUGGAGGGCCACACCAAGCGUGUGGGCAUCGUGUCAUGGCACCCCACAGCCCAGAAUGUGCUGCUCAGUGCAGGCUGUGACAACGUGAUCCUGGUGUGGGAUGUGGGCACUGGGGAGGCUGUGCUGACGCUGGGCCCAGAUGUGCACCCGGACACAAUCUACAGCGUGGACUGGAGCCGUGACGGCACCCUCAUCUGCACCUCCUGCCGCGACAAGCGUGUGCGCAUCAUCGAGCCCCGCAAAGGCACUAUCGUAGCUGAGAAGGAUCGUCCCCAUGAGGGGACCCGGCCUGUGCGCGCUGUGUUUGUAUCGGAUGGAAAGAUCCUAACCACAGGCUUCAGCCGCAUGAGUGAGCGGCAGGUGGCGCUGUGGGAUACAAAGCACCUGGAGGAGCCGCUGUCCCUGCAGGAGCUGGACACCAGCAGCGGCGUCCUGCUGCCCUUCUUUGACCCCGACACCAACAUUGUCUACCUCUGUGGCAAGGGUGACAGCUCCAUCCGGUACUUCGAGAUCACUUCCGAGGCCCCAUUCCUGCACUUUCUCUCCAUGUUCAGUUCCAAGGAAUCCCAGCGUGGCAUGGGCUACAUGCCCAAACGUGGCCUGGAGGUGAACAAGUGUGAGAUUGCCAGAUUCUACAAGCUGCACGAGCGGAGGUGCGAGCCCAUCGCCAUGACAGUGCCUAGAAAGUCGGACCUGUUCCAGGAGGACCUGUACCCGCCCACCGCAGGGCCUGACCCUGCCCUCACGGCCGAGGAGUGGCUAGGGGGUCGGGAUGCCAGUCCCCUCCUCAUUUCCCUAAAGGAUGGCUAUGUACCCCCAAAGAGCCGGGAGCUGCGGGUCCACCGGGGCCUGGACACUGGGCGCAGGAGGGCAGCACCAGAGGCCAGUGGCACUCCUAGCUCGGAUGCUGUCUCCCGGCUGGAGGAAGAAAUGAAGAAGCUCCAGGCCACGGUGCAGGAGCUACAGAAGCGCUUGGACAGGCUGGAGGAGACAGUCCAGGCUAAGUAG